CUUAGCGGAGACGCGCUGGGAAUGGCAGCGGCGGACUGGUCUGCACGAGACCAGGAUUUAAUGCAAUAAUUCCAGAUGUUUCGUUUAUUCUCAUGGGCUGCGCUUUGAGGAUAUGUUCACAUAUCUUUGUAUGUCCCAUUUCAACACUUUCGUUUCAGUCCGGAAUCUCUCUAGUGUCUAAACACAAAGCUUUUAUUUGAGAAGACAUCGAAAGAAACACCGUAAUUGUCCGUCUCUGUCUGGGAGGUAUAGCGAUUUGUUCGUCUUCGCAACUUUUGGUGUAAUAUUGUGGCUGAAGGAUGUCUUCUGCACGGGUGAAUUAUAUCGCUCCUUGGUGGACUUACUGGCUUAAUCAGUUUCCCCAUGUGGAUUUGAGGUUUCAGCCCGUGGAUCACACGUUUAAACCUCAAGAGGAGAACUACCAGCAGUCGCUCAUCUUUUUGGGCUGUGUGGCAGCGGCUGGGCUUGGUGUAAACCUGCUGUGCCUAGCGAUCUACCUGAGCUGCCUUUGCUGCUGUCGGAAGGAUGAAGAGGAAGAGGAGAGUAAGAAGUCCAACUCUUGCUGUGUCACUUGGGCUGCUGUUGCUGCAGGGCUGAUCUGCUGUGUUGCUGUGGGAGUGGGUUUCUAUGGAAACAGUGAAACCAAUGAUGGGGUAUACCAGCUGACCUAUUCCCUCUAUAAUGCCAACAACACGCUAUCAGGAGUGGACAGUUUGGUGACGGGUACUAUGGGAGGUAUGCAGCGUGGUCUAAAAGAGCGCUUGUCUCGCUUGGAUGAAAUCUUUGCCACACGGGGAGACUUUGUACAGACGCUGCACUUCAUGCAACAGAUGUCAGAUAACAUCAUUAAACAGUUACUGGGGCUUCCUGAUUGGGAGAAGGCAAAAGUAAACCUGGUAUCCAUCGCUGAACAGACAGCAUACAUAGAGUAUUACAGGUGGUUGACAUACCUGCUGAUUCUGAUCUUGGAUCUGGUCAUCUGUCUGGCUGCUUGUCUCGGUCUGGCCAAACAAUCCCGCUGGCUGCUUACCACGAUGAUGGUGUUUGGGGUUCUGACUCUGAUCCUGAGCUGGGCAUCUCUUGGAGCUGAUUUGGCCACUGCAGUGGGCACAAGUGAUUUCUGUGUUGCACCCGACAAAUUUCUGAUGAACCAAACAAAAGAUGUAAUUAGCUCUGAUAUCGUUCACUAUUACCUGUACUGCAGCCAGACCCUUCCCAACCCAUUUCAGCAGUUUGUCUUGCAGUCCCUGACUGUCUUCCAGAGAUCGUUGACUACCAUGCAGAUCCAGAUUCAGGGGCUGCUGCAGUUUGCUGUACCUCUCUUCCCCACAGCUGAAGGGGAUUUAUUGAGUAUUCAGUAUCUAUUGAAUAAUUCAGAGGCCAGUUUACACCAGCUCACUGCCUUGCUAGACUGCAGGGGACUCAAUAAGGACUACCUGGACGCUCUGAUUGGUGUGUGUUAUGAUGGUGUGGAGGGGUUACUGUACCUCUGCCUGUUUUCUCUUCUGGCGGCCUGUGCUUUCUCUGUGAUGCUGUGUGCCAUCCCAAGAGCAUGGAGGCAGAUCACCAACAGAGAAAGGAAUUAUGAUGACAUGGAUGACGGUGACCCGUUUAACCCUCAGAGUCGGCGGAUGACGUCACAUCACUCACACCAGGGCAACAUGCACAGCUUCUGCAGUUAUAGUAGCAGUAUGGGAAGCCAAACUAGUCUGCACCCUCCAACACAGACUGUAACCAAUGCACCCCUCUCAGAGUAUAUGAACCAGUCCGUGCUGUUUGGUGGGAACCCACGAUUUGAGAACGUUCCUCUGAUCGGGAGAGGGUCUCCUCCUCCAUCGCUUUACUCUCAGCAAAAUAGAAACCGCUACACUCCAACCAUGAGAGCCACCUACCUCUCCAUGACUGAAGACCAGAUCAGACACUUUGGGGAGGAUUUCCGGGCAUAGAACUGAUCUCCUUUCCUCUGUCCUGUAUAUUUUCCCCUGGUGUGAUUUUUCUUGUUUACAUUGGGAAUAAGGACACAAUGAGAACUGUCACGCCAGCAUGUGUGUGCACCCUUCUGUGUGUGUUACUGUAACUCAGCAGACCACAAUCUGAGAUGAGAAUGUCAUUAUAAGAACUUGUGUGUGUGUCUGCAAGGGUGCUUGCAUGUAUGUGUGUGUUUGUCAAUAAUACUGAUGGUGCAGUGCAUCUUUUUCCUCACUACUGACACAUGUAGGUGAGGUGCUGAAAUAUCCUUUCUGUAACCAGUUUUACUUGUAGUGUCUUUCGUCUAAAAGACAAAUAGUCUUCCCUAUUGCCUUUUUUAAAAUACAGAAGCUGAUCGGUGUGGGUAACACAUUUUUUUUUGCAUAGAAAAUUUAGCACAAUUUUCCUGACCUGAGUACAUAACCUUAAAAAUGUUGCCCAUGUGUCAUAUUAAACAUCAUGUACAUAAAACAAAUGCAUUGGACAAAUUGCAGACACUGGUUGAAGUAUUAAUAUUCUGUCCAUUUGGCAUUUAGUCCUACUGAUCUCAUGAAAAAUGCGUGAUGGUGGCAACAUUUUUGCAAAAUGAUAUUAUGUGGUUCCUUAUCGCAUGGCGUGGCAGUUCCAAAGGACAUAUUAUAUACAGUUCCGAGGUGAAAUGUCCACUGACUGGCAUUAAAAGCAAGUAAAAGUUUCGCCCAAUUUUGGUGCUUCUGUGAAACUUUUGGCUCAUGUGUCAACUUUUGUGCUCUCCAGGACUCAUAUCCUGGUCCUCUGCAUCACAAAUGCAACACUCCAUCAGUGUUUGAACAAGCUUGCACUGUAAAUGUAGUUGAAUAUGUAAUGCAAAUGUUAAAAUGGCUUUCAAGUCAUGUCCUCUAAACCUUAUUCACGCUAGCGCCAUCUUUGAUUUUUAAUGGGAAUGACAACGAGGCUGUGAGGGAUAGACUUACCAUCUCUUCAAUGGCACACACUGUAUAAAGCUGUAAAAAGCUCCAUGAUCACAUCUGAUUUUCCACAAAUCAUGUUGACUAGAGUUUUUUGUCUACUGAAUGUCCAUAGAAAGAUAUUUUUAAAAUGUUUUGUCCGUGGAACAAUCCAGAAACACUUUAAAAUGCAGUACAGUCCAUUGAAGAGACUGAACAUCUAUUCCUCACAGCCUCAUUGUCAUUCCUAUUAAAAAUCUAAUAAAAAAAACAUGGCGCUGCUGUGAAUAAGGUCUAUAGUAAAAGUGUUUUGAUGUCAUAAGAAAGCAUUGUGUGAGGAACAGGGCGAAAAUUAAGUGUUAAAGGAGCAAUAUGUAACAUUGACAUCAAGUGUUUAAAAUGGGUGCUGCAGUCCAAAUUCAAAAUAUUGGAGAGAGUUGUCUCCCCCGCCGCCUCCUCCCCAGAAUCGAAGCUCAAGCAGGUUGCCAGGUUGAGGACACGCAACAGGAACGAGCAAACUGACAAUCGCAAGCAACGAGCCUUACACUGUAAGUUGAUCACCUAAUGUAUAAGUUUGCAAUGUUUUUAUUGUAUGCAAAUUAUAAACCAGCUCAUGUGGAUUUUUUUAUAACUCUGUCAAUGUUAGCUAGAUGUAUUGCUGGCUUUCAUGGCUGCAGCGCACUGUGUUUGCCUGCUAACUUGUUUCAAAUCUGGCAACAAGGGAUGUCGAAAUACUAUUGGGAAAUGGGUUGUGGGCGGGGUCACACAGGCCAAAAUACAAACAGAAAUUAGAAGCACCUCUAGUAUUCCUUUCACCAGGAAACUGCCUUGAAAUGUCCACAAGCUACGUAAAAGUAAUUUUGCAAAAAUGUAGGUUUAGUAACGUGUUUCUAUGAGACCAGGUUGCAUAUAGUGUACAGUGUUUCUAGUGCCAACAUAAUUCAACUUAAAAGUAGGUCUGUUAGUUACUUUUUUUAAGCAACUAAUGCUCAUGACAAGGUGUCUGACUUUUUUUCUUUUUUUAAAGCUACUGUGCAGUUCAAACUGAAUGACUAUGUCAUAAUUUUUAUGAUGUCUAUCGGAACGUACACAAAUUUAUUUCUCUCAUUUAAAGUGAAGCCUUUUUUUGCGCUCAAGAAUGGAAGCAUGUUUUGUUCCUGGUAAAGACUGCAUGAAAACACUCAACAAGCACACUUUUCUUUUCCUGUUAUGACAUAUUUUCUAUUUAAACAGGAAGUUGGGGCGGGACAUAUCAAAGCUGCCUUUUCUAAAAUAGCUAAUAGGCUUUAGUUAAUGUCACAGCUGAGGGACAUUCUCAUUUUACAGAGCAUUUAUGAGACAAAGAAUUUGAAUAUGACACUGAGUCCAAGAUGAGUCAUCAAAAUUUGUGGUCCAUUUGGUUCCUGGAAGAGAAAGACUGUAUACUUUAUAAGUGCGUUUAUAAAGUUUUUAUUUUAUUUAUUUUUUAAUCAAUUUUCAGGAGUAUACUAGCAUUUAGAUGGCCAUAAAGCCACCAGACAUGAACUAAAAUCCACAAAAGUCAGUUUGGAUUUCAUGGGGUCUUUUAACCCUUUGGAUUUAUUGCCUUUCAUUUCUUUAUUCACUGAAUGGCCAAACUGAAAACAGUUCUGCAGUAGUAGAGCUUAGUGAAUAUCAGGGAUGGGAUAUGGAGGAAAAAAAAAUACUUUUUAUAGUAUUUUUUUAUGCAGUAUUUUGAAGCACAAACUGAUCACUUGAGGUUUAAAGUGAUGUAAUACAAUUUUUGUCACAUGCUCCUACAAUUGUCUUUCAAAUGAUGUAUUUCUCAAUACAUACAUAAGAGACACCUGCCAAAUGAGGGGUCAUUUUACCUGGAUUUAAAAUGACAAACCUUCUUACAGAUUGAGUGGGUAAGCAAAAGCAUAUCAUCCAGGGAGCACAUUGAGCCAAUUUCUUCCCAUGCAUGAUUGCUUAGAAUAUUUUGUAUUAACCUGACCAGAUGUAAAUAACAUGUAUGAUGACAUAUGUUGUGUGUGUGAUUUUAUUUGCAUUUCUUUGUUCAAUCCAUUCUUGUGUGCCUCAGUUUUUUUUAUUUUAUUUUUUUAUAAUAAAGUCAGCUACUUGGACAGGCGACAGUAUGUCCUCAUCUGAGGUCAGAAUAGUUGUGUAAUUCAAAUUUUCAAGAUUGAUUUUAAUACAUGUUUUGACUGAUUUUAAUACUCUGGGUGAAUAGCACUGAAAUAUGGUCAAUAAUAAAACAAUUUCGUGUUGAAUUCAA